ACAAACAGUACACAGUUCUCUGGAUUGAUGAGACAAAGUUAAACCUCUUGGUAGAAGUACACAGAAUUAUGUCAGGAGAAAAUGAAAUGCUCCAAACGAGCACUAAAACAUCAACCCAGAUAAAAUAGGUCUGCUCUGCCACCUGUACGCCAGAAUUUCAAAAGAAGGUGCAAUUCUCUCACAGCUUUCAGUUCCCGUACAUGAGAGAUAAAAGAAGCAUGAGAAAUAAAGGUAACGGGGAGGGGAUUUACGAGAACAGUGACAGAACAGAGCUGCUCACCUCAGUCUUUCCGUGGCUCAUUUACAUUCUGAUCUAAAAUGGAAAACAGUUCAGAUGCAGAAGGUGGUCCUCUGUAUGAAUACAGUGAGGAAUAUGAUGAAGUAUGUUACAAAGAAACUGUGGUCAAAGUUGGAUCCAUUGCAAUCCCUUUAUUCUUUUCCAUUGUGGUCUUCCUCAGUCUCGCUGGUAACAUACUGGUUCUCGUCAUUCUUGGCCUCUACGAGAACUUCAGAUCUUUGACCAACAUCUUCAUCCUAAACUUGGCUGUCUCUGACCUGAUGUUCACUCUGGGGCUUCCAUUUUGGUCCUCUUACUACAUCUGGGGCUGGACCUUUGGUGAUGCUGUGUGCAAAGGGGUCAAUUUUGUCUUCUCAGCUGGAUAUUACAGUAGCAUCGUGUUCCUGAUGCUGAUGACCAUUCAGCGCUAUGUUGCAGUGGUCCAUCCUCUCUCCGAAUGGGAGGGAGGACAGCAGUGUGCAGUUUCUCCAAUGCUUGCUUGGGUGGUGAGCAUUUCUGCAGCAGUACCAGCUGUACUGCUCAGUAAAGUCAUGGCUGACCCAGAAGACCCUAACAAACUUUUCUGUGAGUAUAACAGCAUGAAAGCCACCGUCGCUGUUACAUAUGAGCAGAAUAUUUUUUUUCUAAGUGCUUUUUUAGUAAUAGGUUUUUGCUACAUAAGAAUUCUUCAGACUGUCCUUAACUCCAGAGCAAGGAAAAGACACAGGACCAUAAGACUCAUCUUCUGCAUCGUGGCGGUCUUUUUUAUCGGCUGGGCUCCUUAUAACAUUGUGAUAUUUCUACAGACACUCACUUACCAUCAGAUUGACCCUUUCAGGGAAUGUUAUGUCACUGAUAGUUUAGAAUAUGCCGAUUAUGCCUGCAGACUGCUCGCUUUUUCCCACUGCUGUCUCAAUCCAGUAUUUUACGUUUUUGUUGGUGUAAAAUUCCGAAAUCAUUUGAAGAUGAUUGUACAAAAACUUUUUCGUGAGCAAAGCAACACGGACCUCCAUCAGCCACGAAAUGCGCCAGUUCCGUGUUCUCAGGGCUCCAUGUACUGAUACGGAAACAACAACGGAGGUAAUUAUGCAACUGUCAGACUCUGUGUAAAUACGAGUAUUGUCAUUAAGUGUAGGCAUCUUUUCAGACCACAGGAGAUCAGGUCACUUAACACUCAUGUAUCAAACACGCCCGUGGGCCAGAUCAGGACCGUGACACAACCCUAUCUGGCCUACAAAAGUAUCUAAAUUUUCUAUCAGAUUAACUUGUUUCACAAUGCACUGCACUACAGUCCCCAGCAUGCACUGUAACACAAUGUGCUCUGACUCUCCUACCCCAACAACAAUCUACAGGACAGCAGUUACACCUAUGUUCUAUGCAAUUCUGCAGAAUUCUACAGCAGUCAUAUCACCAAACAACUAACUGCAAUUCAGCCAAAAUAAACACUUAACAUCAGCUCAACAGCUCGGAAAUGGUAUAUUAAUGAACUUGCAGCAAAGAAAGAAUGCCAGGUGUCUCGUUUAAGCAAAUAGUUUAAGCAAAAGACCAAAAUCCUGGGGAUUUUGAAUAUUUCAAGUAUUCAUGUAAUAUUUCAAGGUCAUCUACAAGUGUGUGUAUUUUACUGUUGAAGUUUUUGCGUACGGUGAAUAAACAAUGGUCAGUUCAGUUUACAGCAAAAUGUUCAUUAAAAAUGAAAUAAAACACAUUUGUCUCUG